CAAACCGCGAGCGUAUAUAAACACAUGUAAACCCACACCACCUCCCCCUCGAUCGAUUCAAUUGUCUGCUCCCGAUUCCCUCGACUUCUCUCUCCCACCCUCCACGUUUCUCGCCCACUCCUCCUCCUCCCUUCUCUCCCUUCCCAAAACCCCUCCCUUUGCCUCGUCCUCCGCCGCCUCGAUCGCUCGCUCCGGUCAUGGGGAGGUGCGUCCUGGUCACGGGCGGCGCCGGUUACGUCGGGAGCCACACCGUGUUGCAACUCCUUCUGGAAGGGUUCACCGCCGUCGUCGUCGACAACCUCGAUAACUCCUCCGAGUUCGCUGUCCAGCGCGUCGCCCAACUCGCUGGCGAGUUCGGCAAAAACCUCACAUUUCACCGGAUUGAUAUUCGGGAUAUAGAAGCAUUGGAGAAAGUAUUUUCUACAACAAAGUUUGAUGCUGUUAUACAUUUUGCUGGUCUGAAGGCAGUGGGUGAAAGUGUUCAGAAACCCUUGCUUUAUUACAAAAAUAAUAUCAUUGGUACAAUUGCUCUUUUGGAAGUAAUGGCUGCAUAUGGAUGCAAAAAGCUGGUAUUCUCAUCAUCAGCUACUGUUUAUGGAUGGCCUAAGGAUUUACCCUGUACAGAGGAAUCCCCUUUGUGUGCAAUGAACCCAUAUGGUCGAACUAAGCUUAUGAUUGAAGAAAUAUGUCAUGAUAUCCAUCGUGCAGAUAGUGACUGGAAGAUAAUGCUAUUAAGAUAUUUCAAUCCUGUCGGAGCUCAUUCCAGUGGACAUAUUGGUGAAGAUCCUCGUGGAAUUCCCAAUAAUCUCAUGCCACUAAUCCAGCAAGUUUCUGUUGGGAGGAGACCUACACUAGCAGUAUUUGGGAAUGACUAUUCAACGAAGGAUGGUACAGGGGUAAGGGAUUACAUCCACGUUGUUGAUUUAGCAGAUGGACAUAUUGCAGCUCUGCAUAAGUUCUUUGAGGACCCCAAUAUAGGCUGUGAAGUUUAUAAUCUAGGAACUGGCAAUGGAACAUCAGUGUUGGAAAUGGUGGCAGCAUUUGAGAAGGCUUCAGGCAAGAAAAUUCCUCUGGUCAUGGCUGGAAGGCGACCUGGUGAUGCUGAAAUUCUUUAUGCAUGCACUGCCAAAGCAGAGAAGGAACUAAAUUGGAAGUAUGUAUUUUCGAGCAAAGUACAGCAUCGAAGAAAUGUGCCGUGAUCAGUGGAACUGGGCUAGCAAGAACCCCUGGGGAUACGGUCUACCUGAUCCUGCUAACUGAGGAAUCUCUUAACAUAAUUUCUUCAAUGAAUUUAGAGAGAGAUCACUAAUUGUGAACAUAAUGGCAUGUAAAUGUGGAAUAGGUCCAGCUGAUAUAUUUGUCAUAUAAUGUGGCAUGAAUAAAAAAUGCUUCUGUUCUGAUAUAAUGGGAGCAUUAUAGUUAAAAGGCAUCUUUGCUUUCUUUUUUUCUAAA